UUUAGUUUUAUCACAUGAUAAACACAUACUCAGUGAUACAAUUCAGUGAUCAAGACGGCGGAUCAAUAUCCAUUGUAAAGAAUCAGUGGAUUACGCCAAGGCGUCGGGAGGUAUUUUGGCCACCCGUCAAGGGAUCUAAAGCUUUUGAAAAGGUGUUGGCGGAUACCAAAACACCGGAUGAGAAAUGGAAACGAUACUUCAUCCCAAGAGUUUUUUGUGAGACUGACGAUAUAGAUAAAGCCAAAAGAAAACUGAAACUGGUCGAGGAGACAUCAGACUUACAGACUGAAGCAGAAGAAGAACCAAAUUUUAAGCGGAAAAGAAAUAACAGAUAUAUUUCCACAAGCGAUGAAGAUGACGGUCAAACGCCACCACCAAUUAAGAAAAAAAUCUUGAACAAAACAGCUACUGCUGCUUACUAUAGAGAUACCCGUCAGGCUCAGCCAAACAUUACCCGAGAUUCCCGGGAAGCUCCUUCAACACCAGAAAAAACCCUCUCAUUGCUGAAUGUAGUUGACGGGCUUCCUGUCUUGACAAACAGUGUCCUGCAAGAUUUAACAGAAGACGGCGAAGGGCGGCUAACUCCGGUUUCACGCAUACGUAGUCCUUGGUCGCGAAAAGAACAACCACCGAAUCUCGGCAGCGACGUGCCAGCAACGCCAUCGUGCGGUCAAGGAUUAAAAGGUUUGCAAGAUACAGUGGUGUCACUACUGGCCCACAUAAAGGCCCAGAAUGAUAUAAUCAUCUCGAUUUUGCGAGAAAAACAUACAAGAUUGGAUUUAAAACCAGAGUUCAAAUUUCCCAUCAAAACUUCGGAGGAGUUGGAAAUUGUGGAAAAAUUAUUAACGUCACAAGAAAACCAUGCUAACGUGGUAGCCUACUUCAAGAGCCUUGGUGGACAGGGCAUUAAUAAUAAAGUAUCUAGAGUUAUGAAAGUUGCAUUGUCUGACUCUAUGGCAAGCAAGUACAACUUUUACGGUAAAAGAUCAGACAAGAAGCCAUUUGCAGAACUACGUCUCCGGGCGUGUGCAAAACCAUUCGAUGUAGAAGGAACCCACCAUGAAUUACAAUGUCACUACCAGCAAGCUUGUUGUGGAUCAGACUCUGGUGAAAACAAAUUCGGAUUUUAGAAGAAAUUCAAAGUGGCGGCCGUGUUUACAAUCUUUGACUACGAAUUCAUAUAAGGGUAUCUUUCGGAUCCUCAGAUGUAAUUUGUUAUCGUGACUAGAUCAAAUUUUCCGUCGGACGUACCGUUUUUGAACUACAAGAAAAAAACUUAAAAAUAGCAAAAAAAGUUCCACAACUUCUGGAAUGGAGCAAACUCGGAUUACACAAAAUUAGGAUCAAAUAAAGGUAUUAAGACGAUUUGACUGGCCUCUUAAAAUACUUAAAAAGUACCUUGUUAAUAUGUAGUUUAUAUGUUAUUAUUAAACUACUAGUUCCUUGAUGUA